AUGCAGGAUCCAGUACAGGCGAACGCUAACCAGAUGCUGAUGCAAAUUCUGCAGCAGCAGCAACAGUUGAUGGCGCAACUCACUCAUAACAUCACCGAGUUCGUCUACGACCCGGAGCAGGGCUGUACAUUCGACUCUUGGUAUGCGCGAUAUGAGGAUUUGUUCGACAAAGACGCGGAAAAACUGGAUGAUGCAGCAAAAGUCCGGUUACUUAUGAGAAAACUGAAUCCACCAGCAUAUGAGCGGUUUACCAGUUUUAUCUUACCUAAACUGUCGAAGGAGCUAACGUUCAGUGAAACAGUUGCAAAAUUAAGAACGAUUUUCGGAUCUCCAGUUUCGGUGUUUCCCCGCCGUUAUUUGUGCCUUCAGACGACAAAGGACGAUGCCGAUGAUCUUGUGUCGUAUUCGUGCAAAGUAAAUAAAGCGUGUGUGGAUUUUAAGUUGCGAGACCUAUCAGAGGAACAGUUCAAAUGUCUCAUUUUUGUGUGCGGUUUGAAAUCACCCCGUGACUCAGAUAUUCGCAUGAGGUUGAUAAACAAACUAAAUGAGACCGAAGACAUCUCUCUGGAAAAAGUAGUGGAAGAUUGUAAAACGUUACUGAACCUGAAGCAAGACAACAGUCUUGUGGAAAAGCAGCAAUCGCUCAGUGCUGUGAAUGCCGUUCAUAAAGAGCGGCCUCCAAAACCAUACAAUAAACAAGGUGGCGGGGGGACAGUAAAUAACAAUCAUCCCAAAACCCCAUGUUGGUCGUGUGGGGGAAUGCAUUUUUCUGCAGAUUGCCCAUUUCGGGAACAUCAGUGUCGCGAGUGCAAGAAAAAAGGUCAUAAAGAAGGAUAUUGUGCCUGUUUUUCGUCCGUCAACAACAGUGGCAGUAGCAAGAAGAAAAAGAAGAAGUACGGCGGGAAGAACAAAGAUGUGAAGAUAGUGUCAGUGAAGAACAUCAGUCAGCAGAGGAAGUUUUCCGAAAUCGAAAUCAACAAGAUUGCAGUUCGGUUGCAGAUCGACUCAGCGUCGGAUAUUACGAUAAUUUCCGACGAAUGUUGGCGGCAAAUCGGACAACCUCAAGGAACAACACCCUCCUGCAACGCCAAAUCUGCUACUGGAGGAUCAAUUGAUCUGGCCCGGGAGUUUUGGUGUGAUGUAAACAUCGGCGGCAAAUCGAAAAGAUGCUUGUGUCGUGUAGCUUCACCCAAUCUCGAUCUGAACAUUCUGGGAUCCGACUGGCUUGAGCUUUUCGGAUUAUGGGACGUUCCUAUCAGUUCGUUCUGUAACAAAGUCACCAACCGACAGCCCCGCACGGAUGAUUUUCUGCAAGCCCAGUUUCCGAAAGUUUUCUCAAGUGAAAUGGGACUCUGCACGAAGACAAAAGUUCGACUGACGCUGAAGGGAGAUCCCAAACCAGUCUACCGUGCAAAGCGUCCAGUUGCGUACAGUGUUCAAGGUGCGGUAGAAGACGAACUUCAACGGUUGCAAACAUUGGGAAUCCUCCAACCAGUCGAUCACUCAGAUUGGGCAGCACCGAUCGUCGUUGUGCGGAAACCGAACGGUAGAGUCCGCAUAUGUGCCGAUUUUUCGACAGGUCUCAACGAUGUGUUGGAGUCGAACCAGUGUCCGCUUCCGCUACCAGAAGACAUCUUUACCAAGAUGGCCGGAUGUAAGGUCUUCAGUCAUAUUGACCUAUCCGAUUCCUAUCUCCAAGUGGAAGUGGACCCCCGAGAUCAACCUCUCCUGACAGUCAACACCCACAAGGGUCUAUUUCGCUAUACUCGCCUCACGUCUGGAAUCUAG